AUGGAAUGUGGAGAUGUUCAAGCUUUAGUAAUCGAUAAUGGUUCUAGUAUAAGUAAAGCCGGUUUUGCGGGUGAUGAUGCUCCACGUGCUGUUUUCCCAUCAAUUGUUGGUCGUCAAAGAUAUAGGGAUGUUAUGGUUGGUAUGGGUCAAAAGGAUUCAUAUGUAGGUGAUGAGGCUCAAUCAAAAAGAGGUAUCUUAAAUCUCAAAUAUCCAAUUGAACGUGGUAUCAUAACCAAUUGGGAUGAUAUGGAAAAGAUCUGGCAUCAUACUUUCUACAAUGAACUACGUGUUGCACCAGAGGAGCAUCCAAUACAUUUAACCCUAUCUCCAUCAAGUUCAAAAGCAAACAGAGAAAAGAUGACUCAAAUCAUGUUUGAAACUUUCAGUAAUCCAGCAAUGUACAUAUCAAUUCAAUCAGCUUUAUCAUUAUAUGCAUCUGGUCUUACCACUGGUAUUGUCAUUGAUUCAGGUGAUGGUGUUUCCCACACUGUACCAAUCCUUGAAGGUCAUUCAAUAAACCAUGCUAUCUCACGUUUGGAUUUGGCUGGUAAUGAUCUCACUGAUUAUUUGGGUAAAUUAUUAUCUGGACGUGGCUAUCCAUUCAUAUCAAUUGACGAAACAGAAAUAGUCAGAGAUAUCAAAGAAAAACUAUCAUAUAUCACAUUAGAUUUCCAAAAUGAAAUUAAAAUUGUUUCAUCAGCAUUAGAGAAAUCAUAUGAAUUACCAGAUGGUAAAGUGAUUUCAAUUGGUAAUGAACUUUUUCGUUGUCCAGAAGCUCUCUUCCAACCAUCAUUCUUAGGUAUGGAAUCAGCUGGUAUUCACGAAACCACAUACAAUUCAAUUAUGAAAUGUGAUGUCGAUAUUCGUAAAGACCUAUAUGAUAAUGUUGUAUUAUCAGGUGGUACAACUAUGUUCCCAGGUAUUGCUGAUCGUAUGAACAAAGAAUUAACUGCAUUAGCACCAUCAACAAUGAAAAUCAAAAUCAUUGCACCACCAGAACGUAAAUACUCAGUUUGGAUUGGUGGAUCAAUGUUAUCAUCGCUCUCAACUUUCCAACAAAUGUGGAUUUCCAAAGAAGAAUAUGACGAAUCUGGUCCAUCAAUUGUUCACAGAAAAUGUUUCUAA